AUGGGAAGCUACACGAUCUCGCAAGAGAAUUUUCUAAAUGAACUGCGUCAAGUGACUGCAGCAGCAGAAAAAUAUGUCGAGACGUCUUCUAACUUGGAUGCCGAACAGUCAAGGUAUGAGCUGAUGCUCAAGACAAUGCGGCUUCUGCAGAGGAUCCGAGGACCGACUGAUGAGCUCUUCGCCAACUUCGAGUGUAUGGCACAAAUAGGAGCAGUUCGGACGCUGCUGGCGGCUGGCGUGUUCCAUGCUAUCCCAGCAGGCGGCAAGAGUAUAAGCGCUGCAGAGAUCUCGGCGAAAACGGGUCUCGACAAGGAAAUACUUAUCCGUCUGAUGCGUGCUCUGACAGUCUACGGACCUUUCCUCGAGACGGCAGAGGAGACAUACUCGCACACAAGCUUGUCUGAGGCCUAUUUGGUCCCGCAGCUAAAUGCUGUCUUCACAUCAACGGCGGAUGAAUUUCUAGUUCCCAUGGUAAAGAAUUAUGAAUUCCUUGCUCAGAACAACUGGAAGGAUCAUAUUACUACGCGUCACAACCCAUACACUUACGCCCAUGGCUGCGAGGGAAAUAUCAUGUUCGAGUUCCUCUCUGGAAUUCCCAGUAGAUUCACUCGCUUCAAUGAGGCUAUGGUCGCGCAGGACUCCGGUCAAGUUACUAUGGGCAUCUAUCCUUUCGCCCUGGAACUGGCUAAGGACGCCGAAGAUGAUAGAGUUACCAUCGUAGAUGUCGGUGGUGGUCGGGGCCAUAUUCUUCAGCAGAUCAAGGAGAACUGCUCGGGGGACGAACUUGCUCGUACUGGUAUUGAGGCCAUGACGCAUGACUUCUUCCAGCCUCAGCCGGUCAAAGGAGCUCUCGUCUACUACCUCCGCCGCAUUCUCCACGAUUGGCCCGAGUCUGAAAGCAAGAGUAUCCUCCAGAACCUCGCUGCAUCCAUGGAUCGCCAGAAGUCACGGGUAUUGAUUACCGAGUUUAUCGUCCCGGAAGUCGGCAGUAGCAUGCUUGCCGCUUGGAUGGACCAGGCUAUGAUGACUUUCGGUGGGACGGAGCGAACAGAGAAGAAUUUUGAGCGUCUGCUUGAUAUUUCAGGGUUAAAGCUAGUUAAAGUCUGGAAGGCGCCAGGGACCCCAGUAGGCAUUAUAGAGGCUAUAUUAAAGUGA